AGGCAGCGGCGGGCCGGGAGGGCAGCGCUUCGCUCCCAGGCGCGGGCCGGGCAUGCGGCUGUGCGAGAGGAAGCCCACGGCGACGCGGCGGCGUUGCGUGGUGCUGCUGGGCUCCCUGCUGCUGGCCGCCGCCGUGGCGCUGCGCGGCACCACCCGACCCUGCCGCGACGCCCACCCGCGCUGCCGGAACCGCCUCUACGGGGCGCUGCGGCUGGAGCCCCGCUGGAGGCUGGACUGCGCGGGGGUGGUCCGCGGGGACGAGAAGGCGGUGCGGGACGCCCUGCUGAGCAACCUGGAGGUGAAGAACAAGAGGGAGCCCCUGACCCCCGAGGAGUACCUGAACAUGACGAAGGACUGCGGCAGCUUCAAGGAGAGCCGGCGCUACAUCGACUUCCCGCUGAGCGAGGAGGAGGCCGACUUCCCCAUCGCCUACUCCAUGGUCAUCCACCACAAGAUCGAGAUGUUCGAGCGGCUCCUGCGCUCCCUCUACGCCCCGCAGAACGUCUACUGCGUGCACGUGGACAGCAAGGCCCCCGCCGCCUUCCAGCAGGCCGUGCGGGCCAUCGCCGCCUGCUUCCCCAACGUCUUCGUGGCCAGCCGUCUGGAGAGCGUGGUGUACGCCUCCUGGUCCCGGCUGCAGGCCGACCUCAACUGCAUGCAGGACCUGCUGCGGAGCCCCGUGCCCUGGCGCUACGUCCUCAACACCUGCGGCACCGACUUCCCCAUCAAGACCAACGCGGAGACGGUCCGCGCGCUGCGGGUGCUGCAGGGGCAGAACAGCAUGGAGUCGGAGAAGCCGACGGCCUACAAGCAGGAGCGCUGGAAGUACCGCCACCAAGUGGAGCAGUUCAUCGUCCGCACGGCCACGGAGAAGCCGCCGCCGCCGCUCCGCUCGCCCAUGUUCACGGGCAGCGCCUACAUCGCGGUGACGCGGGCCUUCGUGCGGCACGUGCUGGAGGACCCCGAGGCGCAGCAGUUCCUCGAGUGGGCCAAGGACACCUACAGCCCCGACGAGCACGUGUGGGCCACGCUGAACCGCGCGCCCGGUGUGCCCGGCGCCGUGCCCCACAACGACAAGUUCCAGAUGUCCGACAUGAACGCGCUGCCCCGCCUGGUCAAGUGGCAGUACCUGGACGGGGACACGAGCCGCGGAGCGCCCUACCCGCCCUGCACCGGCCGCUUCCAGCGCAGCGUCUGCAUCUACGGGGCCGGGGACGUGGCCUGGAUGCUGCGGCAACACCACCUCUUGGCCAACAAGUUCGACUCCGAAGUAGACGAUGCCGCCAUCCAGUGUCUCGAGAGCCACCUGCGCCGUAAGGCCCUCCUCGGCCGGGGGCUCUGAGGGGACCGCGGGCGGCGGGAACUGUGGGACCCCCGCGAGGCGGCGCGCGGGGUGCGCAGAGGGCGGGAAUCCUUCCGCGGUCCCUGAGGCGAAGGGACGGCGCGCGCAGAGCGGGAGCGCCGGUGCUGUGGGGAGGAGGGGCCGGGACUUCUCCCGCCGCUGCCGGUCCCGCACAGAAGCGGUCAGGGGACUCUCCGGCCGCCGUUGUAAGCGAACGGACGCGGUGUUUUUCCAUUCUGUGUGCAGUCUGCUCACAGAAGUGACGCCGAAGGUUCGCUGUUAGACAGAAUGGGGCCGGUCCAGGGAGCCUCCGGGUCCUGGGACAAGCUGAGGUGAGGCGAGGCGAUAAAAUUAAUCGGCCUUUCUGGAAGGUGCCCGCCCCACUGAACAGCGGCUGCUGCUCCUGUUUCAGUCACUUGGGAGUCCUCUAACAGCUAGCCAUAGCCAGUAGCCACACAAAAGACCCUUCCAUGAAAGCCAACACACCAAAAGAGACAGCUCCUCGGUGCUCUGUGCCCUGCAGUCACCUGAGGAAAGCUGGCUGUGCCUUCCAGCCCUUCUGCACCUGCAGCACAGGCACAGGACGUGUAAGUGGAAAGCAGUGCACAAACCCACCUUGUCUGACUUCUUCCUCUGCCUCCUUUCCUCCACAUACAGUUUAUUUUUAUAGAGUGCUCUCUGUAAUGUAAGUGCCACAUCCAGGGGCGUGCUGGGCCUUUAGAAGAACAAAACAAACAUCCAGUGUGUUCUUUUUUAUAAGCUGUAGGAAAAGUUUGUCAGCUUUUGUACCUCACCCAUACGUACCUCACCCAGCUCACCUUAAGAGCAGCUCCUCCACACACACACAGCAGCUCCUCACGGAGAGGCUGAGGGUUUAAUUCGAUUGCCUCUGUGCUGUUAACAUCUUGUCCCAAUAAUUUUCUAAUCAAUAAACACUUUCAUCUUUGUAAGUUCGAAAUCUCAUGUGGGGAACGACCAUCAUCCAAAGAACAUCUGAAAUCAAUAGCUCGCUACAUUGAGAUGAAGUUAAAUUAUUGCUGAAGCCACGCAGUUCUUUAAAGCGUUGAUUUAAAUAAGUGAUUAAAUGAGUGACUUAACAAGGUGUACCGCUGUAAUUCUGUUGGGCAUUUUAAAAUAAAAUGAUAACUGUUGAUUUUUAAAAUGGCA